AUGACGCUGGACAAGCAGCUGGUGUGGGUGCGCGAGCCCGCGGAGGGCUUCGUGCUGGCGCGGCUGCACGAGCUCCUCGGCGAGGAGGCGGACGUGGUGCCCGUGGACAACAGGCACGCGAGGCGCGUCGUCAACUUCGACGACAUCCUGCCCGCCGGCGACCCCGACAAGGACUGCGACGACAACUGUGAACUGAUGUUCCUGAAUGAGGCGACGCUUCUAAACAACAUAAUAUGUCGCUAUAAGAAGAAAAAAAUUUACACAUAUGUGGCGAACAUCCUCUUAGCUGUGAAUCCAUACGAAGACAUCCCAGACCUGUACUCCUCCAGCACCAUCAAGAAGUACCAGGGCCGAUCGCUCGGCGAGCUGCCUCCCCACGUGUUCGCCAUAGCGGACAAGGCGUUCCGCGACAUGAAGUCCUUAAAACAAUCGCAGUCGAUAAUAGUGUCCGGCGAGUCCGGCGCUGGGAAAACGGAGUCCACGAAGUACAUACUGAAGUACCUCUGCGACCUCUGGGCGAAGGGCGCCGGGCCCGUGGAGCAAAAGAUACUGGACGCCAACCCGAUCCUGGAGGCGUUCGGCAACGCGAAGACGACGCGGAACAACAACAGCUCGCGCUUCGGCAAGUUCAUGGAGGUGCACUUCAGCGGCCGCUGGCAGGUGGUGGGCGGCCACAUCUCGCACUACCUGCUCGAGAAGUCGCGCAUCUGCACGCAGAGCGCGGAGGAGAGGAACUACCACGUGUUCUACCUGCUCUGCGCCGGGGCGCCGGCCGAGCUGAGGGCAAGACUGGCGCUCUCCGCCCCCGACCAGUACCAGUACCUGAAGAAUGGCUGCACCCAAUACUUCACGAGCCCGGCCUCCGAGAAGAAGAUCAGCGACAGUCAGAAGAGCGAGCAGCAGAAGGCGAAAGGUGGUCUCCGCGACCCCAUUCUGGACGACGUGGAGGAUUUCCAGAGGCUGCAUCAGGCGCUGCGGCGCGUGGGACUGAGCGAGGCGGAGGAGGAGGCGGUGUACCGCGUGGUGGCGGCCGUGCUGCACCUGGGCAACGUGCGCUUCGAGGAGGAGGGGGGCGCGCGCGGCGGCUGCACCGUGGCGCCGGCCAGCGAGCCCGCGCUGGCGCACGCGGCCGCGCUGCUCGGCGUGCACGCGCCCGACCUGCGCAUGGCGCUCGUCUCCAGGCUCAUGCAGAGCGCGCGCGGCGGCCUCAAGGGCACCGCCAUCAUGGUGCCGCUGAAGCCGCACGAGGCGACGAACGCGCGCGACGCGCUGGCCAAGGCGGUGUACAGCCGCCUCUUCGACCACAUCGUGCACCGCAUCAACGCCAGCAUCCCCUUCCAGGCCUCCGCCUACUACAUCGGCGUGCUCGACAUCGCCGGCUUCGAGUACUUCCAGAUGAACAGCUUCGAGCAGUUCUGCAUCAACUACUGCAACGAGAAGCUGCAGCAGUUCUUCAACGAGCGCAUCCUGAAGAACGAGCAGGAGCUGUACCGGCGCGAGGGGCUCAACGUGCCCGAGAUCAGAUUCGUCGACAACCAGGACUGCAUAGACCUGAUCGAGAGCAAGAACCACGGCAUCUUCCACCUCCUCGACGAAGAGUCGAAGCUCCCGAAACCGGAGUUUGGUCACUUCACGCACUCCGUCCACAAACAGCUGGGCGGGAAUAACCACAGCGGCCGCCUCCAAGUGCCUAGAGCGUCCCGCCUGAAGGCGCAUCGGCUGGUAAGGGACGACGAGGGCUUCCUAUUGAGGCACUUCGCGGGUGCCGUCUGCUACAACACGAGCCAGUUCAUAGAGAAGAACAACGACGCGCUCCACGCCUCGCUCGAGUUCCUAGUUCAAGAGUCUAGCAGCCCGCUGGUGCAGCAACUCUUCCAGAAUACGGACAACAACAACGCCAAGGGGAAACUGAACUUUAUCUCCGUGGGCGCAAAGUUCCAAACGCAACUGUCGCAGCUGAUGGACAAGCUCAAGGAGAACGGCACGAACUUCGUGCGGUGCGUGAAGCCGAACGGGCGCAUGGCGGCGCGGCUGGCGGAGGGCGCGCUGGUGCUGGCGCAGCUGCAGUGCUCGGGCACGGCGGCCGUGCUGGAGCUCAUGCAGCACGGCUUCCCCUCGCGCGCGCCCUGCCGCGACCUGCACGCGCUCUACGCGCCGCACCUGCCGCUGCAGCUCAGCCGCCUCUCGCCGCGCCUCUUCUGCGAGGCGAUGGUGCACAGCCUGGGCCUGUCGGACAAGGACUACAAGUUCGGGCUGACGCGCGUCUUCUUCCGGCCGGGCAAGUACUCGGAGUUCGACACCAUGAUGCGCUCCGAGCCGGAGGACCUCAAGGCCAUCGUGGACUCGGUGCUGGCCUGGCUCGUCAAGUCGCGCUGGCGCCGCUCCAUCUUCGCCGUGCUCUCCCUGGUCAAGUUGAAGAACAAGAUCCUGUACCGGCGCGAGUGCCUGGUCCUGGUGCAGAGCAGCGUGCGCGGCCACCUGGCGCGGCGCCGCCACCGGCCGCGCUACAGGGGCGUGGCCAAGAUCAGGGCGCUGCAGGGGAACCUCGCCCAGAUGGAGGCCGUCACCGCGCAGCUCGACCAGGGGAGGGACUCGGCCAGGAGGAACAUCGAGAACCUGAGGAACUCCAUCGGCAACGCCUGCGCCCUGAUCAAGAGCAACGAGAAUAUAACGCGUUCGGAAAUAGACGAGCUGUACACCAAGCUGACUAAGGAAGCUGAAACGCAGAUGGCAACCUUACAGAAGGCGAUGACCGACAAAAAGAACAGAGAGGAGCAAGAGAGGCUGCGCAAGAUCGAGGCGGAGAUGAGAGCCGCGGAGGAAGCCAAGCGCAAAGAGCAAGAGAGGCUGCGCCAGGAGGAGGAGCAUCGCAGGCUGAAGGCGGAGAUGGAGGCGCGCCGCAAGGCGGAGGAGGCGGAGCGCGCGCGGCUGGAGCGCGAGGAGCAGGCCGCGGCCGCGCUGCUGCAGCGCCGCCUGGACGAGGCCGCCGUCGCCGACCGCGACAGCAGGGAGAGGCUCGAACAGGAGAGAAGGGACCACGAGAUGGCGAUGAGGUUGGCCGAAGAGACGAACGGUCACGUCGAGGGCUCUCCCCCUCAGCUGCGAAGUUUCCCCACAAUGGACUCAGUGAACGGCGAGAAUAAGUUAAACAGGUCGGAGCGCGUGCGGAUGCAACAGGCGAUGGCGGGCAAACAGAAGUACGACCUGUCCAAGUGGAAGUAUUCCGAGCUGAGGGACACGAUUAACACCUCGUGCGACAUCGAGCUGCUCGAGGCCUGCCGGCACGAGUUCCACCGCCGGCUGAAGGUGUACCACGCGUGGAAGGCGAAGAACGCGCGCAAGACCACGAUGGCCGAGCAGGAGAGGGCGCCGCAGUCCGUCAUGGACGCAGCCAGGGCGCCGCGCGUGGUGGGGCGCGAGGCGCGCGAGGUGCUGGGCGCGCGGCACCGCUACUUCCGCAUCCCGUUCGUGCGGCCGGGCGGCGGCGAGCGGCGCGGCUGGUGGUACGCGCACUUCGACGGCCGCUACGUCGCGCGCCAGAUGGAGCUGCACCCGGACAAGACGCCCGUGCUGCUGCAAGCGGGCGUGGACGACAUGCAGAUGUGCGAGCUGAGCCUCGAGGAGACGGGGCUGACGCGCAAGCGCGGCGCCGAGAUCCUCGAGCACGAGUUCGAGCGCGAGUGGGCGCGCCACGCGGGCCCGCCCUACCGCGCCCUGGACAGAACCCAGCCAUCU